AUGCUACACUUAUCGCAGCAAUUCCAACACUUAAGACGGUCAUCAACAUAUUCGUCAAUUAUAAAUUCAUCGUCGUCACAUGUGAUUUCCAAAAUAAUAUCAAUUCCAUCCUCAUUGUCAUUAACACUGUUAUCGCUACCGGAAUCAUCAAUAUCGUUGGCAUUACCCCGAAUAAUGACUAUUAUUUGGAUGGUCCGUACAACAUUCCUUCUGCUUAUUUCCUACUCUAUUUUAAUUACUCCUGGUCAAGCCGUGCUGUCAUAUGAGCCACAAAUAAGUUAUUUCGACGGUGCAAGCUACUUGGAUAACUGUAAGUCAAAAUUGGAACGUCGUGUAACCGCUCUGUCCGGUUUAUUGAUAUCACAUCAAUUAUUCGGAAGCAUUCCGUACAAUGCGUCCAAGAAUUGUUUUCUGCUAAUAACAGCACCAUCUGGUUAUCGUAUACGCUUACGUGUGCUUGAUUUCAAUGUACUCGGUGAUGCUCACAACUGUGAUAAGGAUACGCUCCAUGUUUUCGAUCACGAAAAACCAAUUGAUCCGCAAACUUUACGAGAUGCAACCCAAGAAGAUACCUCGCCGGGACCAAUACUUGGUCAGUUUUGCGGUACCAUCCGAAAUGCUAGUGAAUUGGCCGUUUCAACCGAGAACGCGUUAACAUUGUGGUGGCAUACAGAUGCCGAAUUACCAUUUCAUCAUAAUGGUGAAGGAUUUCGGUUACUUUGGUCCGCAUUCCGAAAAUCAAACAUCGCACCAUGCAAUGCCCAGCGGGAAUUCACAUGCAGGAAUCAAGAGUGUAUUGCUGCAGAACUUGCGUGCAAUCGAUAUCCAGACUGCAAAGAUGAAUCCGAUUUGAUACGCGAAUUGCAAAUUGCUCACAAAUGCGACUUUUUGACUAAUGACCCGUUGGGUUCAUUAACCGGUUUGACGCUAUUACUUAUCAGUAUGGCUGCUGUAAGUUCAUCCGCAUGUCUAUGCAUAUGUGCAUGCAUCUGCUGUAAAUGUAUGAAAACUCCGGAUAAGACUUGCACUACUACAACUACAGAAUUACCUAUUGAACGAACAGAACGCUGCACUGCAACAGAUACCGCCGGACUGCAACAACCAACAUCUCCUGGAUUUUAUCCACCAUCUCCACCAGUUAUGCCGUCUCUAGUGAGAAAAAAGUUCGACAAAAAGCUAGUACGAAUGGAAUUGUUAAAACACGCGGUUAUUCAGUGCAACAUGUUUUCCAGUGAAGGUGGAACUGGACAUCGGACACAACCAUAGAUCAAAGACAUGAACCAUUCAAUAUACUGGCAGGUCAGCUGUCGGG